AUGAGGCUGGUUCUGUUCCUCCUGGCCGCCCUCGCAGCCGCGGCGCCUACGGGAUGCUAUCCGUUACACAGACGACAGACGGCAACGCUUUGCGAGAGAAACGGCUACUGGUCCGGCAACGGGUACGAGGUUAACAACAACAACUGGGGCGCGGAGUCGGCGUCUUCGGGCUCACAGUGCACAUACGUCGACAGCAGCUCCAGCUCCGGCGUUUCGUGGCACACGACGUGGACCUGGGAAGGUAAUGAGAGUCGGGUGAAAAGCUACGCGUAUUCCGGUAGGCAGGUCGCGAGGGGCAACACCAUUUCCUCCAUCACCAGCAUGCCAACGGAAGUAUCGUGGAACUACAAUACUAGCGACAUUCGCGCAAACGUUGCCUACGAUUUCUUCACUGCCGAGGACCCGAAUCAUUCGAACAGUGGCGGGGACUACGAAUUAAUGAUAUGGCUUGCCGUGUUUGGGGACGUCGCUCCCAUAGGCUCCUCAAUGGGCACCGUCAUGGUCGGCGAGCAUAGUUGGCAGCUCUAUGUCGGCAACAAUGGCGGCAUGAGCGUCUACAGCUUCGUGGCCACGAGAAACAUGAAUAGCUUCAACGCCGACGUCAAACCAUUCUUCAGCUACCUGGAGGACAAUGAUGGCUUUCCGGCCCAAAGCCAGAAUCUCAUUGUCUUUCAAGUUGGCACAGAAGCCUUCACUGGUGGGCCGGCUACUUUUACCGUUUCUCAGUUCUCGGCCAGUGUGGAUAUGUGA